CUCUCCCUUGAUGAAAGCAGUAAACAAGGACUUUGUCAAAACGGUCUUCAACCUUCUCCUUGUCAACUCUGAUCCAAACCUCCAGUUCGAGGAGACAGGAGAGACUGCACUCCACAUGGCAGUCGCAAAUAUCAACAUUUUGUUAGUCAAGGCACUCCUGGCUUUCGAUGCUGACCCAGAUAUCAAGAACAAUAAUGGCGAGACUCCACUUGAUAUAGCUAUAAGCAUCAAGGCUGAUUUGGGACUGACGCCAGAUAUCAAAUUAGCUCUGGGGACUCUUUUUAAAUUUGGUCCGGUGGAACCCAAAGAACAUGAUCAUGAUCAUCAUCAUCGACAUCACCGCCGUGAUCAUAAGCAUAAUCAUCACGUCAAACAUGCUCGGGUUGAUAUAAACGUUCUCAACAAGAAAGAGUAUGCAGACAAACUUGACACCAUCAUCGAUAUUUUGAUCGAAAGCAACAAGCUACGCGCAAAGACGGAGAAAUAUUUCUCUAAGCAUUCAGAUGUCCCAGAGCCUCAGAAAAGCAAUGAUACAUAUGUACUCAGCAUGGAUGGCGGAGGAAUGCGAGUGCUAGUUCUAACGCAGAUUCUAGUGAAUAUUGAAGAGAGAAUGUCAGACCUUGCUUCAUCUUCUGUACGUAUGUAUAAAUACUUUGAUUACAUAGUUGGUACUAGCGCUGGUGGUCAAACAGCCUGUGCACUAGCUUAUUUAAAAGCCGAUGCUUAUAACGUGAGAGCUAUCAUGAGUAGAGCCCGUUAUGUUAUUGCUUCUGCUGCAUCCGAGCGUAAGGGAAGGAUUGAAGAAACUUUCCAGCAAACAUUCUCAAAGUUCCUGAAAAUGGGCGAUAUAGAGCCAUCUCGUCGUGUGAUAGUAACAGCAUCCCUGGCUCAUGUUAUUCCUUUUGAGCUUCACUUGAUGACCAGCUAUGGUGAGCCUAGAGAUGGACAUGCUGGACCAAAGGAGCGCAAAGUUUGGGAAGCUUGUCACAUCAGUGGUGCUGCACCUUAUUACUCUCCUCUCCUUUUUGAUUUGAAGCUCCUUGAUGGUGGCCUUGUUGCUAAUAACCCAACUCUUGAUGGUAUGGCUGAGAUUAUCGAACAAGGAAAGAAAGAAGGAAAGCCUGUUAAAUUUGGUAUGGUACUGUCCCUUGGGACAGGGUUUUCACCUAAAGAACAAACCAAAGAAGUUGAGCUAUUUGGCACGUCUAUUCUCUCUCUUUUAAGUCCAAAGAAUAUUCAUGCUAUGGAAAGUCUUGCCUCUCAUUUUGCCAGCCAGUCUCUACUAACUGAU